AUGGCUGACGCAGAGACAAAGAGGAAGAUCCAGCAGAUCCAGAAAGAGGUUGAAGGGAACUUCAACGAGUAUUUGAAGCGGGAGUACGCCUUGAAGAUGGAGUUCCAGAAGCAGAAUGAGGGGAUUCUGGCGGAGAGGGACUCCCUCUUCCAGAAGAUGGAGGAGGACGAGAUGAGGGAGAUGAUGACGGCGGCACUCGACAACUUCCCGGAAAUCCACUCCAAGCUCCCUGUGGUCGUCGUAGGAGAAGAUGAGUGCUACGACUGUGAAUUCAUCAAAUUCAUCAAGGCGGAAUAUUUGGAAAACUACCGAAUAAAAGUCACAGUCGACUUGUUUGAGAAUCCGUACGUGGAGCAGACGCGGCUGGAGAGGACAUUCGGCUUCAUGGCAAGGGAAGAGGGCGCCAUGCAACUCACCUACAAAGACGGGGUGGAAUCGUGUCCACUCUUCGCCUACUUCGAGUCAGAUGAUGAGACGCUGGAGAUGUUCGACUUGUUCUACGAGUUUUACGCAAAUCUACCAUUCUACGCGUAUUCUGAGGAAUAA